AAACGCCCACUUCCCCUGCCCUGUUUCCGCGAGCCGUCCCCGAUUCAAACCGUCGACGCCGUGUCCCCGUCGCCGCGUGACUCCUCAGCGGCGGCUCGGCCCGACCACCCACCUCCGCCCGUCGCGCCGCCGGAGAUCACGCUCGCUCGCGCCCCUGCCCUCUCCUCGCCGGGAGCGCCCAAAGCUUAGCUUCUCGGGUGCCGUCGUCCGCUCGGAGGCGGCGCCGCCGAUCUCGCGGCGUUCCCGAGGCGGCGAGUUCCCGCGCGAGAUCCCGGCGGUGAUGUGCGGAUCGGAGCAUGGUUGUGAACCCAACCGGUGUUAGCUUCAGUCGGACGACAGGGAGCGGGCGCUGCGGCCAUGGCGAUUUACAUCGCGCGGGAGGCAACCAAGUUAUGGAGGAAGGUGUGCGCCGAGACGUCGGUGGAGCUGCAGCUUCUGUUCGAGAAGUGGCACCUGCUACUUGCCGGAAUUGUGUUUCAGUAUAUUCAUGGAUUGGCUGCUCGAGGAGUACAUUACUUGCAUCGGCCCGGUCCAAUACUCCAGGACAUGGGAUUUAUGGCCCUUCCGGAGCUCGGGCAAGACAAAGGUUAUCUUAGUGAGACUGUAUUCACUUCCAUCUUCCUUUCAUUUCUGUUGUGGAGUUUUCACCCUUUUGUUUAUCAUAGCAAACGUUUCUACACUGUUCUACUCUGGCGCAGGGUGCUUGCAUUUUUAGUUGCUUCACAGUUUUUGCGAAUUAUUACAUUCUAUUCCACUCAGCUUCCUGGCCCAAAUUAUCACUGUCGUGAGGGCUCAAAAUUGGCCACUCUUCCACCACCCAAAAAUGUUCUUGAAGUGCUCCUAAUCAACUUUCCUCGUGGAGUGCUUUUUGGCUGUGGUGAUCUGAUAUUUUCAUCACACAUGAUCUUUACUCUUGUGUUCGUGCGUACAUACCAUAAAUAUGGAUCAAAAAGGUUGAUUAAGCUAUUUGCUUGGUUGAUGGCCAUCAUCCAAAGUCUUCUUAUCAUUGCUUCUCGCAAGCACUACACUGUGGACGUUGUUGUUGCUUGGUAUACUGUCAAUUUGGUUGUAUUCUUUGUUGACAAGAACCUCCCAGAAAUGCCGGAUCGUACAAGUGGGUUAUCUUUGCUUCCAGUAAGCACAAAAGAUAAAAGUGACAGGAUGAAGGAAGAGCUCCACAAGCCCGAGAAGGAUAACAAAAUGAAGGACGAACACCAUAAGUUAUUGAAUGGAAACAACGUUGAUUCUACUGAUCGGCGACAAUGGAUGCCGAUGAACGGAAAGCAUGGGGAAGACAUGAACCACACGCUCUCUGAUGCCGCACCCAACGGUACAUGAUCAGCUGCUUUUCUCGUCGGUUGCUUGUCUUUCACAUCUACAGGACAAUCUGCCAGUCGGGAAAAAAAGCUCCUACUACUUCUGCUGGAGCAGUCCCACUGUACUGAACUAGGCAAAGGCGCUGAAGUAGUGAACGACGCUGUAAAAGAACGGAGCCACAAUCUCGUGGCUUCUCUCAGGCAGGUUGCCCCGUGGGUCGGCCUAUCCGAUCAUCGAUUCUGUAGUUUCGCAGUUUUAGAUGUCGGGGAUGCCAGAAACACCUAGCAAAACAUUGAAAAUCUGUUCUCGGUGUACAUAACUAUUGAUGUAUUUGGUGAUUUUUUUUAGUGUUUACUUGUGUUGGCAUGAA